AGCUGCUGUAUGGUAAAGUUAGCGAUAUUCCUUCUACGUCAUUCGCCCCGAGUAUUCCUUCUACGUCAUUCGCCCCGAGUAUUCCUUCUACGUCAUUCGCCCCGAAUAUUCCUUCUACGUCAUUCGCCCCGAUAUUCCUCUACGUCAUUCGCCCCGAAUAUUCUUCUACGUCGUUCGUCCCGAAUAUUCCUUCUACGUCAUUUACCCCGAAUAUUCCUUCUACGUCAUUCGCCCCGAAUGUUCCUUUUACGUCAUUCAUUUCGAACAUUCCUUCCACACCAUUUGUCUCAAAUAUCUCAGGAACAGUGUUUCCUGCGAAGACACAGGCGUCAAGGUUCACUCCGAAUGUUCGUGCACCUAUAUUCACUCCAAACAUUCCUGCAACAAAUGCUGCAAGCAAAAGAUCCGUGACUUUUGUCAAUGAGCAUCGGCAGAGUCUUCCAACAUACUCACCACCGUCGUUUUCACAAACCGAUUCAGCAUCACCUACUAUUACCUCAUCCUACCCUGGUUUGCGUCAUACCAACCCUGGUCCUCGUCUGUCGCCAAGAGUCACUAGUACACCCUGGGAUCAAACCAUUCCUACGCAAGCAAGGAUCAGCAACGAACCAUCCGUUGUCUAUCAACCAUCCUUUGAAUCAAGAAUACCGGUACCUUUACCGACAACUGCUAACCGUGCGCAACCGGAAGCAUGGGAACAAGCUAGUCAAGUGUCGAUUCCAAGAACCAAUGAAGACCAGUUUGGCGUGUUGAUCGAGAAGCAGUGCAACCUUACCGAGAUGAUCAUGCAACAAAAUCAACGAAGUCUUAUUCCACGUCUUGCAUUGUCUAAGUUCUCUGGAGACCCCACAGAGUACAAUAUUUUCAUUCAAGGUUUUAACUCGCAGUUCCAUAAUAAGCUGAACUCUAACUCAGAUCGUUUACGAUAUCUAGAUCAGUACCUCGAAGGCGAAGCUAAAGAAUUGGUCAAAGGAUGUCAUUACAUGGAUCCUGACAUUGGUUAUGCAGAGGCGAGAAGGCUGAUUGACGAGAAAUAUGGUGAUCCGUACAACAUUUCUAAUGCAUUUAUUAAGAAGAUGACUGAAUGGCCAAUGCUUAAACCCGGUGAUGAUGAUGGUUUAAACCGAUUUUCUACCUUCCUAACGCAGUGUUGCAGUGCUAUGAAAUCGUUGUCGUAUUUAACUAUAUUGGAUCAUCCUCACAACUUGCAAACCUUGGUCAAGAAGUUACCAUUCCACCUUCAAGAUCGAUGGAGACGUGUCGCAAGUAAAGCGAGAGUCGGACAUAGGAAUAUGCCAAGCUUCGACUCGUUUGCUAAUUUCAUUAAAGACGAAGCUAAAGUGGCAACAGAUCCAAUCUUUUCUCGAGAAGCUCUGAGAGUUCAAAGUUCUGACGGAGUAAACAACAAACGCAAGCCCCCAAAUUAUAAAGUAAGAACUAACGCAAGUAAAGUGGAAUCUUGUAUCCACUGUAAAAAGGAACAUGACUUGGACGAUUGUGAUGAAUAUUUAAAGAAGAGCAUCGGUGAAAGACGAAAAUUCCUUGCCGAGAAACAGUUAUGUUACUCGUGUUACAUGCCUGGUCAUAGAUCUAGAGGUUGUUCGCAAAAGAGAACAUGUAAGACUUGUUCACGCCGUCAUCCUACUGGCCUACAUGUUGAAAACUUUCAGCCUAUUGUGAAAAAGCCUGCGAAUGAUAAUGUUGCGAAGAAUGUGGAAUCAGCCUUCACAACCAUUACUGCAAAUAGUAUCGCCAGAAAAGUACGAGAAGAAGGACCUGUCGGAUCUAUGCCGAUAGUACCAAUUAUUGUACGAUCAGCUGAAACAGAGUUGAUAACAUAUGCGAUGCUUGAUAACUGCAGCACCGGUACGUUCAUUCUAGAAGAUCUGCGUCAAGAGCUUAACGUAGACGGAGUAGAUUCACAAAUUUCAAUAACAACUAUGAAUGGUAGCCAACUACACAACGUGAAAGUAAUAAGAGACUUGACUGUAUCUGACUUGGACGGCAACAAUUCCAUUUCUCUACCUAAAGCUUUUACCAAGCUCGAAAUGCCCGCAACCAGUCAAGAUAUUCCCAGACCAGAGCAAGCGAGAAAAUGGCCACAUCUGGCGCGUGUAGCUGAUUACGUCCAUCCAUUAAUACCGAAUGUCAAGAUUGGCCUCUUAAUUGGAACAAAUUGCCCUGAAGCCAUUGAACCUAAAGAUUUCGUGACAAGUAUGAACGGCGGUCCAUAUGCUGUUCAAACGUUCGCUGGCUGGACUAUCAUUGGACCUCUUCAUAUGUCAAGCAAUGGUCCUGCGACGGUCAAUUGUAAUCGGAUUGUUGCAAAAGAAAUUAGUUCAGAAGUACCAAUGGAUCAUCAUUUCGCUGUUGAUCAGGUGGUGAAAGAGAUCCUUACACCAGAAGCAUUUAACAGAAUGAUGGAACUUGAUUUCAGCGAAAGAAAAGUCAGUAAUGAACAUGGUCUCUCUCAAGAAGACAAGUUAUUUCUUAAGAAAGUUGAACAAGGAACCAAGAAAAUCGAAGGACACUAUGAAAUACCACUUCCUUUCAGAGAAGACGAAGUCGUUAUGCCCGACAACCGAGCUCAAGCAGAACGAAGAGCGCAUUGGAUAAAGAAGAAAUUCCUUAAAGAUAAUCGUCUACGCAAGCAAUACACAGAGUUCGUGAAUGAUAUGCUUGUCAAAGGAUAUGCAAGGAAAGUUCCACUAAACGCUACAGCCCCGAAGAAAGGCAAAGUAUGGUACUUGCCGCACCACGCAGUAUAUCACCCAAAAAAGCCCGAUAAGGUCCGCGUCGUAUUCGAUUGCAGCGCCCGAUUCGAAGGAACAGCUUUAAACGAUAGACUGCUUCAAGGACCAGAUCUGACUAAUUCGUUGAUAGGAGUGUUGGUACGGUUUCGUCAAGAACCAGUGGCAUUUAUGGGAGAUAUAGAAUCGAUGUUCUAUCAAGUGCGAAUACCUGAGCAUCAACGCAAUUUUGUCCGCUUUCUGUGGUGGCCUGAUGGUAACAUAUCGCAAGAUCUUGCUGAGUAUGAAAUGAACGUUCAUAUAUUUGGCGCAGUAUCGUCUCCAAGCUGCUCGAAUUUUGGCCUCCGUAGAGCUGCUGAUGAUUAUGAGUACAAGAUUGGAACGGAAUCCGCUGACGUGCUCCGACGAAACUUCUAUGUAGAUGAUUGCCUCCGAUCAGACAAGACGGUGGACGUUGCUAUCAAACGAAUGCACAGUGUUAUAGAUGCGUGUGCCAAUGGAGGUUUCCACCUAACAAAACUUACAUCAAACGACCGAACAGUAUUGGAAACCAUCCCUGCUGAAGAACGAACAAAAGAACUUCGAAGUUUGGAUCUUAACCAUCACGAUCUACCCAUAGAAAGAGCACUCGGCGUUCACUGGCAUGUUGAAUCAGAUAAAUUUGGUUUUCGUAUUACCAUCAAGGACAAACCACUAACUAGAAGAGGUAUUCUUUCUACCAUUGGCUCUAUCUAUGAUCCUUUAGGGAUAGCAGCUCCAGUGUUACUUCCGGGCAAGAUGAUUCUUCAAGAUCUUUGUCGAGAGAAAGCGGAUUGGGACGAUGAGAUAUCAGAAACGUAUCGUUAUCGUUGGGAAGAAUGGAAAAGAAGUUUACCCCUGUUGGAAGAAUUUGAUCUGAAUCGAUGUUAUAAACCAGAUACAUUUGGGACAGUAGUUUCUCAGCAGAUACACAGCUUCUCUGACGCGAGUUCUGCAGGAUACGGGCAGGUGUCGUACUUAAGACAAGAAAAUGACCUUGGACAGAUUCAUUGUGCUUUCCUUAUUGGCAAAGCUCGUUGUUCACCAGUCAAGCAAAUGACUAUUCCCCGCCUCGAAUUGACCGCUGCUGUAUUAUCAGUACGUGUAUCGAAUAUGCUUGUAAAAGAGCUUGAUGUUUCACCAGACGAUCGAUUCUACUGGACCGAUAGUACCACAGUCCUGAAGUACCUUACCAAUGACAAAGCCAGGUACAAGACAUUCGUGGCAAACCGAGUCCAAACGAUUAGAGACACAACUGCAACUCAUGAAUGGCAUUACGUUGACUCAGCCUUGAAUCCUGCUGAUGAUGCGUCUCGUGGUUUAAAGAUGUCACGCUUCCUUGAGAACAAGCGGUGGAUUAACGGACCAUCAUUCCUGUGGAAAGCAACGGAUGAAUGGCCUAAACGACCUGUUGAUGUAAGCGUUAAUACACUUGACGAUCCAGAAGUCGCCGUAAUAUCUGCUAAUACCAUCGUAUCUGGUCAACACAAUGAGAUUCUGGAAUACUUCUCUCGUUUCUCUCAAUGGUAUCGACUAAAGAAAGCUAUAGCAUGGUUGUUACGCAUGAAGCCAAGACGAGAUCGCAACCGACGGAAUCUUGGUGAUAGUUCCACGCAAGAUAUGACCCCCAAACCUAUCAUGGUCGAAGAAUUGGAAAAGGCAGAAGUUACAAUUCUGAAGAUUAUCCAAGCAGAAUCCUUUCCUGACGAAGUUAGUGCGCUGAAAAGAGUCGACAAUAGAAGUCUUACUAAGCAAAAAACGACCAAACUCAGAAAGUCAAGCUCAUUGUAUCGCCUGGAUCCUUUCCUUGGCUCCGAUGGUCUACUGCGUGUUGGAGGAAGAUUACGUAGGUGUGACGAGAUAACGACAGAAAUGAAGCAUCCCGUCAUAUUGCCGAAAAAUGGUCACGUUACAGAGCUGAUUAUUCGCCACAACCAUGAGAACGCUGCCCACGGCGGAAGAGGAAUUACUCUCAACCAUUUAAGAGGCAGAUAUUGGAUCAUAAACGCCAAUUCCAGAGUCAGAAAUUACAUAUCAAGAUGCGUAGAUUGCAGAAAAUUUCGUGCCAGAACCGCCAAACAGAAGAUGGCUGAUUUGCCCAAGGACAGACUUACUUCCGCAGCACCAUUUACAUACUGUGGAGUUGAUCUUUUUGGACCCUGUCUUAUCAAGGAUGGUCGGAAAGAAUUAAAACGCUAUGGUGUGCUAUUCACAUGCUUAAACAGUAGAGCAAUUCACCUAGAAUCAGCCAACUCCUUGGAAACCGACUCGUUCCUGAAUGCACUCAGACGUUUUAUAGCUCGACGUGGUCCAGUGAGAGAAAUAAGAUCAGACCGAGGUACCAACCUAAUAGGAGCUGCGAAAGAGCUUAAAGACGCUCUCAAAGAAAUGGACGACGCGAAGAUAAACGAGUAUCUGUGCCGUCAUUCCGACGCUGAUUGGCUGGUCAGAUGGAAACCAAACCCCCCAGCAGCAUCACACAUGGGUGGUGUAUGGGAACGCCAGAUUCGUACAGUGCGUACAAUCCUUACAUCGUUAAUGAAAGAAUUUGGUCAUGUUCUUAAUGAUGAAUCUUUCCGAACAUUGUUAACAGAAGCCGAGUGUAUUGUCAACAGUAGACCACUGACAUUCCCUUCCAGCGAUCCUACCGAUUUACAGAGUCCAAUUUCACCAAGUAACAUUUUGACGAUGAAAUCAAAGAUAGUUAUGCCACCUCCUGGAGACUUCCAGCGCGCCGACCUCUACCUUCGUAAGCGAUGGAAGCGAGUCCAGUAUCUGGUUGAAAUCUUCUGGACUCGAUGGAAAAGGGAAUACCUGAAUACACUUCAGAUGAGAAAGAAAUGGAACCGUCCCCAGCGCAGUUUUGAAAUCGGAGAUAUAGUCCUAGUAGUCGACGAGAAAACAUCAAGAAACUUGUGGCCACUUGCUCGUGUUAUUGACAUUACUCCAGACUCAGUGGGUGCUGUUCGCUCCGUAAAAGUGAAGACUGCUACGUCAACCCUCGAACGUCCAAUUGUGAAACUAGUUACUGGGAAACUCGUAAGACUGGGGAAAUCCCCAUCGAGGAGCCAUUAUAGAAGAAAUGAACUAACAUUAUAUGUUACUAGAAACAUUAACAGUGUUGUGUUUAUUAAUUCUCAAGACUUUAUUUGUGUGCAUAUGUUUAAGAGUGUCAUCGAACCCUCUUAG